ACUCUUUCUCCAUUGCUCCUCUUUUUUUUCCAAGCACAGAUGCAAUUGUUUUCUCUUUCAUCCUAUCCCCAUAGUUUCAAUUUCAGCUUGUUCAUCAAUUGUAUUGGAUGUUAUUUUAUGUUUCCCCAUUCUCUCUCUCUCUCUCUCUCUCUCUCUCUCUCUCUCCCAUCUCACUGUCUCUCUCUCUUCCAUUCUCCCUCCCUCUCUCUUUCUCUCAUCUUGGAGACAUGCAGCCUCAAAUCUAAGCCGCUGCCUGUCAGGCUGCUCCGUUUAUGCGCUCUGCGCUACUCUCCUUUCCUCUCCUCUCCCCUAUGCGCUAUACUGCACUGCACUGCACUGCUCGUCUCUCCUCUCAUCUCCAUCUCUCUUCCUUCUCUUGCUCUCUUCUUUCUCUUUCUCUACCUGCAUCCCUCUCACACUACAGGCUUAUCUCUGUUGUGCAUUGCUGCGCUCUGCUCCAUUGUUUGGGAAAAUACUGUACACUCUGGGUUUUUUCGCGCCAGGGCUGAGUACACUCCAGCUACUGGUGGAAGAGGAUUCAGAUGCUCCUGGUGCUCUAGGUUUGGCUUGCCUUGGACUCUUUGGAUCUGUGUGGGCCGGAGAGGAGGAGAGAACAGGGAGGAAGGGGAGAGUGGGCAGAGAGCUGCCCAGGUGAGAGCUUCAUCUGCUUGGGGAAGUAAAGGCUUCAAGGUGGUGGCGGUAGUGGUUGAUGGUUGUCCGUCGAGGGUCAUGCCCUGGGACUUGUGUGCUUUUCGGCAGUUGGAGUUGGAGACCCUUUCCCAUUUUUGCCCCCCUAGUGGGGCAGCAUUGACCUUGGUGCCGGGAAAAGCUGCCGGGCACCAGUGGCUCCACCGUGAAGAGUGGGCACCAUGAACCAGCUGGAUGCACCACGGCCACUCAACUGGACCAUCAGAAAACUGUGCCAUGCAGCCUUUCUGCCAUCAGUACGCCUGCUAAAGGCACAGAAAUCGUGGAUAGAAAGAGCGUUCAGCAAGAGAGAAUGUGUUCAUAUCAUAGUGAGCGCCAAAGACCCCCAUAGGUGCUGUUGUGGUCGUCUGAUAGGUCAGCAUGUGGGCCUGCCCCCGGGCAUUGCAUCCAGUCAGAAUGAUAAGGCAGAGCGUUUGGCCAAGAAUGACAGCCUGUCGGAGAAGUGGUCGAUCAGCAAACACACACAGCUCAGCCCCACUGAUGCCUUUGGCACCAUUGAGUUCCAGGGAGGAGGACACUCCAACAAAGCCAUGUACGUGCGAGUGUCUUACGACACCAAGCCUGACCUGCUGCUCCACCUGAUGACCAAGGAGUGGCAGCUGGAUCUGCCCAAGCUGCUCAUCUCAGUCCACGGAGGCCUGCAGAACUUUGAAUUACAGCCCAAACUUAAACAGGUCUUUGGCAAAGGGCUCAUAAAGGCUGCCAUGACAACAGGAGCCUGGAUCUUCACCGGAGGGGUCAACACAGGGGUGAUUCGCCAUGUGGGUGAUGCACUGAAAGACCACGCCUCCAAGUCAAGGGGGAAGAUCUGCACCAUUGGCAUUGCUCCAUGGGGUAUCGUAGAAAAUCAAGAGGAUCUUGUUGGCAAAGAUGUGGUGCGUCCAUACCAGACCAUGUCCAACCCUAUGAGCAAGUUGACGGUUCUAAACAGUCUCCACUCCCACUUCAUCCUGGCAGACAAUGGCACCACGGGAAAGUACGGCGCUGAGGUCAAACUGAGACGCCAGCUAGAGAAACACAUCUCCCUGCAGAAGAUCAACACACGUAUUGGUCAAGGUGUCCCGGUGGUGGCUCUCAUUGUAGAAGGAGGCCCUAAUGUGAUCUCCAUCGUGCUGGAGUACCUCAGGGACACACCUCCCGUCCCUGUGGUGGUGUGUGAUGGCAGUGGCAGGGCCUCAGACAUCUUGGCCUUCGGACACAAAUACUCUGAGGAGGGAGGCAUAAUUAAUGAGUCUCUAAGAGACCAGUUACUGGUGACCAUCCAGAAGACUUUCACCUACAGCCGCACACAGGCCCAACAUCUGUUCAUCAUUCUCAUGGAGUGCAUGAAAAAGAAGGAGCUGAUAACAGUUUUCCGGAUGGGGUCGGAGGGACAUCAGGACAUUGACCUUGCCAUCCUCACUGCAUUACUCAAAGGUGCCAACGCUUCAGCUCCUGACCAGCUGAGUUUGGCUCUGGCGUGGAACAGAGUGGACAUCGCCCGCAGUCAAAUCUUCAUCUACGGACAGCAGUGGCCUGUCGGUUCCCUAGAGCAGGCGAUGCUGGAUGCCUUAGUUCUGGACAGAGUGGACUUUGUCAAGCUGCUGAUUGAAAAUGGAGUCAGCAUGCACCGUUUCCUCACGCUUUCCAGACUGGAGGAGCUCUACAACACGAGACAUGGACCAUCCAACACGCUGUACCACCUUGUCAGAGAUGUCAAAAAGCGAGAAUAUCCAGGGUUCAGUUGGAUCUACUUCAAGGGAAACCUGCCCCCGGACUACCGCAUCAGCCUCAUCGACAUUGGACUGGUCAUUGAAUAUCUCAUGGGCGGGGCAUAUCGGUGUAACUACACCAGGAAGAGGUUCAGAACUCUGUACCACAAUCUCUUUGGACCCAAGAGGCCCAAAGCCCUGAAACUGCUGGGGAUGGAGGAUGACAUGCCCAUCCGCAGAGGUCGCCAGAAGACGACACGUAAACGAGAGGAGGAAGUGGACAUCGAUUUGGACGACCCCGAAAUUAACCAUUUCCCUUUCCCCUUCCAUGAGCUUAUGGUGUGGGCCGUGCUCAUGAAACGUCAGAAGAUGGCACUGUUCUUUUGGCAGCAUGGCGAAGAGGCCAUGGCGAAGGCCUUGGUAGCAUGUAAGCUUUGUAAGGCCAUGGCGCAUGAAGCCUCUGAAAACGACAUGGUGGAUGACAUCUCCCAGGAACUAAACCACAACUCCAGGGAGUUUGCUCAGCUGGCAGUGGAACUCCUAGACCAGUCCUAUAAACAGGACGAGCAGAUGGCCAUGAAGCUGCUGACGUACGAACUGAAGAACUGGAGCAACGCCACCUGCCUGCAGCUGGCGGUAGCAGCCAAACACAGAGAUUUCAUCGCUCACACGUGCAGUCAGAUGCUGCUGACCGACAUGUGGAUGGGACGCCUGCGCAUGCGCAAGAACUCAGGCCUGAAGGUAAUCUUAGGGCUGCUUCUGCCACCGUCCAUCCUGAGCCUAGAGUUCAAGAACAAGGACGAGAUGUCCUACAUGCCCCAGGAUCAGGAGGCCUACCUGCAGGAGAAGGAGGAGGAGGAGCCUGAGAAACCAGUCAAGGAGAAGGAGGAGGAAGACAUGGAGUUCACAGUAAGAUCUUACUGUGAGACGCAGUACAACUCCGUGGCAAUGCUGGGAAAGGUAACUACAGAGACAUCCAGAAAGAAGGAUGUUGACGAGGUUCAAAACCGCCACCGCCUCAUCCCGUUGGGACGCAAAAUAUACGAGUUCUACAACGCUCCAAUUGUCAAGUUCUGGUUCCAUACGAUGGCGUACGUGGGCUACCUGAUGUUGUUCAACUACAUUGUCUUGGUCAAGAUGGACCUGUGGCCCUCUCCUCAAGAGUGGAUCGUCAUUGCUUACAUCUUCACCAACGGCAUUGAGAAGAUGAGAGAGAUCCUGAUGUCAGAGCCGGGGAAGUUGUUACAGAAGGUGAAGGUGUGGCUUCAGGAGUACUGGAACAUCACAGACCUCAUGGCCAUCCUCAUAUUCUCCGUUGGCAUGGUUCUGCGUCUCCAGGAGCCACCACUCAUGAGCUACGGGCGGGUCAUCUAUUGCGUCAACAUCAUCUAUUGGUACAUUCGGCUGCUGGACAUCUUUGGGGUCAACAAGUACCUCGGUCCCUAUGUGAUGAUGAUUGGCAAGAUGAUGAUCGACAUGAUGUAUUUUGUGAUCAUCAUGUUGGUGGUGCUGAUGAGUUUUGGGGUGGCACGUCAGGCCAUCCUCCACCCUAAUGAAGACCCGUCCUGGAUGCUAGCUAGGAACAUCUUCUUCAUGCCUUACUGGAUGAUCUACGGAGAGGUGUUUGCUGACCAGAUUGACCAUAUGCAUAGUAGGAAGUUACAGCACAGGCUGAAUGAAAAACUCUGGCUGGUCGAAAAUUACUUUCGAACUCACGGAAGCUGGCGUAGUAACGGUCCAUUCCACAUUUCGCAGUGCAGUCAAACUCCCACCCCCUGUGGGCAGAACAUCACUACAGAGGAUGGGGCGGUGGUGGCCCUGCCUCCAUGUAAGACCGGGGCCUGGAUUGUUCCAGCCAUCAUGGCCUGCUAUCUGCUGGUGGCUAACAUACUGCUGGUCAACCUACUCAUAGCUGUGUUCAAUAAUACAUUCUUCGAAGUGAAGUCCAUCUCCAACCAGGUUUGGAAGUUCCAGCGCUACCAGCUCAUUAUGACCUUCCAUGAGCGCCCUGUCCUUCCUCCACCCCUCAUCAUCUUCAGUCACAUAACUAUGGUCCUCAAACAUCUGUGUUGUCGCUGGCGCAAGCAUGACGAUGACGAGAGAGACUAUGGACUGAAACUUUUCAUCACAGAGGAUGAGCUGAAGAAGGUUCACGACUUUGAGGAGCAAUGCAUAGAAGAAUACUUCAGGGAGAAAGAUGAUCGAUUCCACUCCUCUAAUGAUGAGAGGAUCAGAGUCACUUCUGAAAGGGUGGAGAAUAUGGCAAUGCGUCUGGAGGAAGUCAAUGAAAGGGAACACUUCAUGAAGGCCUCACUGCAGACGGUUGACAUUCGUCUGGCCCAAAUGGAGGAGCUGAUUGGACGAAUUGCUGUAGCACUGGAGCGUGUAACAGGUGUUGAGCGUGGGGAGGUCAACAAAGUACGUUCCCGGACGUCAUCUGACUGCACAGACUCAGCAUACAUACUCCGCCAGGGUGAAUGCCCAGAGGCAGCAUACAUCCUCCGUCAAAGCAGCUUUAACAGCACAGAAGGGAAUGCCUACCGCCUGCAGGAGGCGCUGGAGGGAACAGCGGAGGGCUCCAUGUCUCCACCUUCUCCUACUGGCAUGACUACACGGACAAGAAGCCACUCAUUUUAUGUUGGAGGUGGUCGUGGUGGUGAACGUGCAAGUGGAGCUGAACGAGCUGAGAGCUUCUUCAAAGAACGCUCACUCAGUCUUCACCGAGCCAACAGCUCCCAAUCAGUAUCCUCAGGUGCCGCCCCCAAGGAGUCUAAGCCCCUCCCCCUGGCGACGCUGUCGGUCUCCCAGCAGCACCGUCCAUCGUCAUGCAUUGAUAUCUAUGUCUCAACUUCUGAGGAGGUGGGGCCUUCGGAAGUCUUUCUGGAUCCUCUCCGUGUGGUCCCACAGCUCCAGAGAGAUUCCUCGCUGCAGUCAGAUAUCAUAGAGACGGUGCUGCCGGGAGGCCGGGACUUCAGCAGCAUUGCCACCAGCGGUAUGGGCGACAGGCACUCGGAGGGUGGUGCAGGCAGCAGCGGAACAGCUGGAGCCAUGUUUGACGACAGUGCAGCUGCUGAUUUGUCAUUGUGCUCGGCCCACCUCUUACCAGACACCACUUUACCUCCGUGGGACAUGGAACCAUCCCCACCUCCCUCAGCAGGGCUGCUCGAGCGCUCUAAGAGUAGCCGCUACCUCUCUACAACAGGCACAGCAUUCCUGGAUGAGCCCACUCUGGUCAAGUCCCACAGCCUGAUGUUCACACCACGAGGCUGCUAUAGCGGACUGGGGGCAGGAGUCCAGGUAAAAGCUGCAGAGUACACCAGCAUCACUGACUGCAUCGAUACACGCUGUGUCUCAGCCCCAUACACUCCUGCAGAACGCUCACACUCCCCCGGAGGAUCCACCUCAUUCCCCUUUGAUAAGCCGUCAGACAUUGGUUCCUCUCACCCAGAGAGAGAGGCAGAGCUUAGUCACACAGAGUCUGAUCCAGAGGAUCCUGAGGACCUGAUUCCAGCCCCUGAUACCCCUCGUCUAGGGGGCCUUAGUGGGCCCAGUGGGGCCCCUCUCUGCUCCCCCUUCUCCAGGCUGGAGCGAGCAAACAGCUGCUCCUCAGACGACUCCCAUCCUUCCCUCACGCUGGCCCCUCCGCACAGGAAGAGCCUGUCGGUGAGUGAGAGGAUGGAGAGGGGACCGGGUCUGGGGGCAGACAGGGGGCCUGGGCCGGGGGGCCGGGGUCUGGCAGGUACCAGAAACCCCUUCCUCAGGAGCAAGUCUGGAGCACGGCCUGAAACAGCCAAGACUGACAGCCUCUCCAUGAGGAAGCUGGCCACACCGUCAGCUUUCCGCAGCUUUGAUAGACAAAACUACACGUGACAAGAACACUGGUCAGCACACUCACACACUGAUAGGACCAGGGAGGAAUGAAGUGGCCAAGUGCAAAAGUAAAUGCAGGGUGAAGUUGUCCAUAGAUACUGAUCUGGACCAGAUCUACAGUUUUUUCACUUACGUUUUAGGUUAGAAAAAGUGAUACAAGUUUAUUCAUAGUCAGUGCUGGAGGGCAACUUUACCCUGGAUCAGGAGUCAGGAUGAAAAGGAUGGGAGAUGUAGGGGUCCUACUGUACACCAGUCAAAAACAAAGAGCUAUGAAUCUAGAGUAGUUUUUACCUCCUCUUGUAGCUAAGUAACUCUCAAUGGGGUGUUAUGGCAAUGGAAGGUGUAUUUGUACUGUAUGUCUUCCACCCACCACCUUUAUGUCAAGUAGACAUCUGUCACUGUGUUACAUCACAUAUCAAUCACGUUAGUCAGAGAAAGUAUACUGUUACUCCUAGCUGCAUUAUAUGGUAGAAACUGUUAGGUCUGAGAGACAAAGAGAGGAGAAGUAAAAACAGCCACCUCAUUUUGUCAAUUUGUCUUCAGCAUAGAGUCAUUACUGUCUCAAAACUUUAAAUACAUUUUCCUCUUUUCAUAUAAUACUAACUCCACUCUGUAAGAUCCCAGCACUAGCAAACAGAAAGAGGCUAACGUUUCAGGCUGCUUCAUAUAAGAAUAAAUGAAGUGUUUGGAACCAUCGGGAACUAUUUCUCCUCUUGGUUGCACUGGAAAUGAUUGCAGUAACAUGGCAACAACUUACCUCUCGAUACACAAAUACACCUUUCAAAUAAUGAAUAUUUAUCUCUUUUUUUCAAAGGAUUAUCAAAUUUGCCUUUGUCUUUGCGUUUUGUAUUUAUCUACAAAACUGUUUCUUUUUUUUUUUUUUUGUCAGUUCAGCUAGAAAAAGAAAGCAGUGUUUCAACAUACUCCAGUCAAAAGGUCAUUACUCUAUCGUGUGUCUCCAGUCUUGGCUGUCAAGUAGAACAGUAAAAACUGGGUUUAAUUAGCCAUGUGAUGAGAGUGAAAAGCUGAAAGUUAUCAGGAAAAGGUGAGAAAGAAAAUGUGACAGGAAGACUGAGAUUAGCAGGUGACCCGCACUGAGUCGAGGCAUGAAUCUUUAACAGGAAAACAAAGGAAAUUAGAUAGAAAAGUUAUAUCAAGUGCAUGUUCCCAUUCACAUGCAUAUUUACAUGUCUGGACACACACACAGUCAGUUAAUCCUUACAUAAUACUAGAGAAUAAACUAGUUCAGACCUGAUCCCUGAGAGCUUUAACAAGUGCAAUUGCAAAAAAUGGGGACAAGAGGGCGCUAUGAGCCUAUUUCAGAAGCUGAGUGAACCUGAUGUGAACCUUCUUUGCCUGCUCCUGACACCAAAAAUCCUUACACUUAACUAAUCCUUGCUCUCUUGUAGCCCAGCCCUCCUUCUUCAGGUUUUGGCAGUGGCAUUAUGUUGCAAUGGUUUUACAUCCACCUACACUUAAUGGAUCCGUCCUUCAUCUAUUUCAUGACUGUCAUUCAGUUGCUUUUCUCCUUCAUUAUUACUAUUUUUUGCAUUCAAAGCCAGCCACUGCAAAAGGAGGCUUUAAAAGAAACCAAUUGCCCGAUGACUAAGCCCAUUAUAAAUCAUAUACAUAGUUCCGAGAGAAAGAACUUUGAAUUUAUUUUUUAAAAAAGCUUGAAAUAAGCUGUCAAGUAUAUGCAUUCUAGCUGAGAUAUAAGAAAGAUGUGCAAGAAGUGGAGGAGGCAACGUGGGGUUAUUAUUAUUAAAAGACAUAAGCCAGAUCAGUGUUUUGCAAUCUCAUUUUUUUUUUAUUCUAAUGGAAAAAGUCUGGGUGGAGGAAGAUGCCCUUCUCUGAUAGCUUUGUAAAGAUAAGAUAGGUGAAAUUACUAGAAUUGUUACAGAUUUUUUAUGUUUGUUUUAUAUUUCCUCACUAUUACAAUUCAGUUUAAUCAUGUUGCAAUUAUUUUGAGAUUGAUUCUAUUUAUUGACAUUUUCUUGCUCAUUAUUGAUAAUUACAGUAAAUGCCUGUUUGAAUUACGAAAUCAAUAUUUAUAUCUUCUCAGUGAUAUUUUUGUCGAAUUUUAAGUAUUUUCUAAUUAAGCUUUUAAAUUUAAUAAAAGAUGACCAUCGACAUGCACUAAAUGCUGAUGUAUUAUAUUAUUUAUUAAAUAUAGAAAUUGUCUGAUAUACUGUACAUGUCAAUCAUAUUCAAAGUAUUUAAAGUAGUUUUUAUUGUAUGUUUUAUCAAGACGCUUAUGAGAAUUUUCUAAUGUAAAGUUGACAUGGCAAUACACAGUUGCCAGUAUACCAAACUUAGGGUGCCUUUUGGGCAUGGAUGGAGUAUGUGGGGACUGAAGUGAAUCAGAAAUCUGUGACAUUUUCUUAUUUUUUGUUUUUUCCUAAUCAUAGAGUCCAAAUAUCUGUGAUUAUUUUAACAUGUGGCUUUUGCAUACACUCAUAGACUUUGUUGUUCUCUUUAAACAGAUCUGAUGUACAGAGUGGGGGGGAUGUUGUUUUAAAUAGACUGUAUCAUUGCUUGUAUGGACAUUUAUUUGAAUCCACCAAAUUACAUAAAAAAAGAUGUCAUUGAGAAUAAUAGUUUCAUAGCUGAAGAUUCAAAUCUAUUUGCUCAUGAAAUUAAGACAAGGAUGAGGCUAUAGCACCACCACAGGGUUGAUGCUGUUGCAGUGCUGUAUUGUAAUGAUUUAAUUUUUAUCAUUUGAUUUAUCCCACAGAAGAGGCCCAUUGAGUGGGCCCUCCCCAAAUCUGCUUUACUCAUAUCAACGCAUCCAGGUGGUCUCUCUUUCCUAUGUAACAUGAUUAUUGUCCCCCUAACGGCUUUGCUCCAGAAAUCUUUCCCCUUUUUCUCCCCCUGUCUCUGUGUCAACCCAAACUGUUCAUAUGCCUACAAAUCCUGACCCAAACCCUAAACCUUAAAAGCCCAGUGUGUAACAUUUAGGAGGAUCUAUUGGCUGAAACUGAAUAUAAUAUUCAUAUUUAUGUUUUCAUUAGUGUAUAAUCACCUGAAAAUAAGAAUAGUUGUGUUUUUGUUACCUUAGAAUGAGACGUUUUAAUCUACAGAGGGAGCGGGUCCUCUUCUACAAGUUAGCCAUGUUGUACUGCCAUGUUUCUACAGCAGCCCAGAACGGACAAACCAAACACUGGGUCUAGAGAAGGUUUCACGCCUUUCACGUUUUUUCGUGGGUUCCACAGCCACCAUAGUUUCUACUGCACACUUGAAAGGCGAGUGAUAUUCAGUUCACCGCGAGAUGUCACACUGUGUACACACUGGUCCUUUAAAGGGGUAGUCUAGUGAUUUAGUACUGCAACCACACAAAGUUGGAGGACUGUCUAGAGACAGAUUUUUAAAUUAAUGUUCAAAAUUGAAUGAACGGAGGCUGAGAUAUCCUUACUUUUAGUCACCAGUAUGGGUCAAGCUUCAGAAAUACUGGAUUCUGCAUUUACCAUAGUGACCUUCCCUGACUGGUAAAUGCUCUCAUCAAACAUUAUAUAACUGUGUUCAUAGGCUGAAUUGUACUCUCCAUUACCAGUAAAAUCACCUUUAUUUGUAAAAUCUUGAGGAUUACUCCUUCAAACCAGCAAUUAUAACACAAACAUUACACAUGCUCAGUGUGGGUAUAUACACUUAAAAUACCUUCACUGAGAUGUUGUAGCCCAUUGGUACACAUACAAACAGUUAUAUAGGUUCCAAUAUGAUUUAAAGAAGAAAGGUUGACCCCAAGUCAUUGCUCAGGGACAACGUUACCCCAGAUGCAAGGUAGUUAAUAUAUUAUGGUGGAAAGAAAGAGGGAAAUAAAAAAAGAAUCAGAUUUGAGUUUGUCUUCAGCAGAAGGCUUCCAAUAUAUCACUGUGCUUUAUUAGUCUAAGAGUCUUUGGGGAUCGUAGGGAAACCUAUAUAUUUUGUGCUUUAUGUAUUCAGAAAUGGCAAUAGAAUAUGAAUGAAUGUCUUCAUACCUGAUUGACUGACAUUGUUCACCUGCAGAAGUUUAAUCUCUUAACAGAACCAAACCAAACUUUGCCAAACCAAAUGGAAACGAUCAGAGUUGUGCUCUACUGACCUGCACAGCUGUGGCGGCCGGGGUUAACCAAGCAAAGGUCGUACAGCUCAACUCAAGUUUGCAUGGCUAAGUAUGAAAACAGAUGACUUUGCCAGACUGAAAGUUUAGGCUCUCCUAUUUGACCUACGGUGAUAGGAAAUAAAAAUAUUUUAAUUUCUUCAUCCUUACAGUAAGGAAGUUGAGAUAACAUAAAUGUCCAUGGCACUUCUAAGCUCGUGUGAACGUGAUUCUAUGAAUGGUUUUGUGACAUGUUGACAUGGCUGUUGUGGAGGGUAUCGCUAGGAGGUGUACAUGUGUGUGUAUGUGUGUGUACAUUUACUGCGUGUGAGUCCAGAGAUGUAGAUGACACCAAUAACAGGGAGGCAUGGCAACACAACACAACCCAACAGAAUCUCAAUGUACAGUAUUUUUUAAAUAUUUUCCUAUACUGUAUCUUACAGUUUUGUGGAAUCAUGAGCAUAUGAUGAUAAUCAACAGAUCUGCUUCCCUCCUAUGACUACCUGUGACUCAUAAACUAAAGAGAGUUUUACGCACAUGUUUUUUCUGCAAUAAUUGCUGAUGUUGCGCUUCUACAACUGAAAGGGAUUUACCCCCCUACUGGUCACACUUUAUUUAAUGUCCUUCAAAUGCAUGCAGUUCUUCCACUCAGAGUGUACAGAGAUGACCUGUAAAGAUGACUGAGAGAAAGAUAGAGAGAGAUUAUAAUAUGAAAUCAAAGUAGUGAGUAUUUGGAUGCAAAUACAAAUCUGUAUUCUUCAAUGUGAAUAGGAUCAUGUCUGGCAUGCAUUGUUAAAUAAAAAAAAUAAAUAGAUUGGUA